GCCUACGCUUUUGCCGUUACAGUGAAGUUAGAGAAACUCUCUUCUGCUUUACUUCUUUAUUUUUAUUUAUACGCUUUUUACUAAGUUCUCGCGUCAACAGGGUGUUUUAAAGUACCGUCGGUGGAGUCGUGACACUUUAACCAGUUUUCUCCUCAAGCCACAUCCAUACGGGGUCAACAUGGCCCAGUGGAACCAGCUGCAGCAGUUGGAGACGCGCUACCUGGAGCAGCUGUACCAUUUGUACAGUGACAGCUUUCCUAUGGAGCUGCGCCAGUUUCUUGCCCCAUGGAUCGAGAGUCAAGACUGGGCGUACGCAGCCAAUAAAGAAUCUCAUGCCACACUGGUAUUCCAUAACCUGUUGGGAGAAAUUGACCAGCAGUACAGCCGCUUUCUGCAGGAGAACAACGUUCUAUACCAACACAACCUGCGGCGCAUCAAACAGCACCUGCAGAGCAAAUACCUAGAGAAGCCCAUGGAGAUCGCUCGCAUCGUAGCACGCUGUCUGUGGGAGGAGCAGAGACUGCUGCAGACAGCCACCACCGCUCAGCAAGAUGGCCAGGCUGCCCAACACAGUGGGACAGUGGUGACUGAGAAACAGCAGCUUCUGGAGCACAGCCUGCAGGACAUCAGGAAAAGAGUGCAGGAUAUGGAACAGAAGAUGAAGAUGCUGGAGAACUUACAGGAUGACUUCGACUUCAACUACAAGACUUUAAAAAGUGCCGGAGAGCUGUCCCAGGACCUGAAUGGAAACAGCCAGGCUGCAGCCACCAGACAGAAGAUGGCACAGCUGGAGCAGAUGCUGAGCGCUUUGGAUCAGCUUAGGAGGCAAAUUGUAACAGAGAUGGCCGGCCUUCUGCAGGCUAUGGACUUUGUGCAGAAGAAUCUGACUGAUGAGGAGCUGGCAGACUGGAAGAGGAGACAGCAGAUCGCCUGCAUUGGAGGACCCCCCAACAUUUGCCUAGACCGACUAGAGACAUGGAUCACUUCACUGGCCGAGUCUCAGCUGCAAAUCAGGCAGCAGAUAAAGAAGCUGGAGGAACUGCAACAGAAGGUUUCAUAUAAAGGAGACCCCAUAGUUCAGCACCGGCCCGCCCUGGAGGAAAAAAUUGUAGACCUCUUCCGCAAUCUCAUGAAAAGUGCGUUUGUAGUCGAGAGGCAGCCGUGCAUGCCAAUGCACCCAGACAGACCUUUGGUCAUCAAGACAGGAGUUCAGUUCACCAACAAAGUGCGGUUACUGGUAAAAUUUCCAGAAUUGAACUAUCAGCUAAAGAUUAAAGUGUGCAUCGACAAGGAAUCCGGAGAUGUGGCAGCCAUUCGAGGGUCCCGAAAGUUUAACAUCCUAGGCACGAACACCAAGGUGAUGAACAUGGAGGAGUCCAAUAAUGGCAGCCUGUCAGCUGAGUUCAAACAUCUGACUCUGCGAGAACAGAGAUGCGGCAACGGCGGCCGGACCAACAGUGACGCUUCCCUGAUAGUGACAGAGGAACUUCACCUCAUCACCUUUGAGACAGAGGUCUACCACCAGGGCCUGAAGAUUGACCUUGAGACACACUCUCUUCCUGUUGUGGUCAUUUCUAAUAUCUGUCAGAUGCCCAAUGCAUGGGCAUCUAUUUUGUGGUACAACAUGCUGACUAACCAUCCCAAGAAUGUAAAUUUCUUCACUAAGCCACCCGUGGGCACUUGGGAUCAGGUGGCUGAAGUUCUAAGCUGGCAGUUUUCCUCCACGACUAAAAGAGGCCUAACGAUUGAGCAACUGACCACACUCGCCGAGAAACUGCUCGGUCAGUGUGUGAACUACUCUGGUUGCCAGAUCACUUGGGCCAAGUUUUGCAAAGAGAACAUGGCAGGAAAAGGUUUCUCAUUCUGGGUAUGGUUGGAUAACAUCAUUGACCUGGUGAAGAAAUACAUUCUGGCUUUGUGGAAUGAAGGGUACAUCAUGGGCUUUAUCAGUAAGGAAAGAGAGAGGGCCAUCCUCAGCCCAAAACCUCCUGGCACCUUUCUGCUACGCUUCAGUGAGAGUAGUAAGGAGGGAGGCAUUACAUUCACCUGGGUGGAAAAGGACAUCAGUGGUAAGACACAGAUCCAGUCGGUGGAGCCCUACACUAAGCAGCAGCUGAACAGCAUGUCCUUUGCCGAGAUCAUUAUGGGCUACAAGAUCAUGGAUGCCACCAACAUCCUUGUGUCUCCACUUGUCUACCUUUUCCCUGACAUCCCUAAAGAGGAGGCUUUCGGCAAAUACUGCAGACCCGAAGCCCAGCCUGAUUCUGAAUUCCCAGAUCCCACAUGUGUCAUUCAGCCAUAUCUGAAGACCAAGUUCAUCUGCGUCACCCCGUGUCCUUCUGUCUUCAUGGACUUCCCGGAGAGUGAACUGCUGGCUAACGGCUUCCCUGGGACUAAUUCAGGCAACACGAGCGACCUGUUUCCAAUGUCUCCACGUACCCUCGACUCUCUGAUGCACAAUGAGGCUGAGGCCAGCCAAGGACCUCUCUGUGAUUCUCUCACUUUGGAUAUGGAAUCAGAUGCAGCUUCACCUAUGUGAGACCGGAUCACAUCUGCAGAAGCUGCCAUCUCCUCUCGAGCUUUUUCUUCUAAGUGUUCCUGGCUUUUGAAAAGAUCUUAUUCUCUCUGUACAUACAGCUCUUAGAUAAGUGCAAAUCUUAGCACUGUUUUAAGUAGCCAAUUAUCUAGUAUUCAUAUCUUCACUCGCAUUUCUCUGCAUAACUGUUUUAUUUGAAUGCAGUAGCAAUGAUUAUUUUGUGUAAGUAUUUUGUGAGAUUAUUAUGGAAUUAUUUUGGUUGGUCAUUUGCAGGAAAAAAAAAGAAAAGAAAUUUUUACUUUAAAUUAGUGUGUCGUUUUUAAAAAAACAAUAGUCAUCAUUCAUAAAUCUUCAUAAAUAGCUGGUUUAUAAAUAGCCAGUCAGCUAAACUGAAAGUUUUAAAUCAUAAUGAAAGUUUUUAUGUUUACUCAUCAGUGUCAUUUUCUGGGGCUGUUAAUUGAUCUAAAAUGUUUAUUUUUUAAAGAUGUUAUACAAUUUAAGUUCAUGCUGGCUAUCUUAAGCAUUUUGUUUUGCUCUGUAAGCUAGCACACUUUUCUCUCUGUUUGUGUGUGUGUGUGUAUGUGUGCACGUUUGUGUGUGUGUGUGUGUGUGUGUGUGUGUGUGUGUGUUGGAAAAUUGGAGCCACUCAAGCUAUUGUAUUAUAUACUGUACUAUUAUGUGUCAGCCUGCCUCUAAUUUGUCUUUUCUCAAUAUAUAUUGUAUUUCA